UAGCAGCUCUCGUUUGUGAAUGCCAUCACUACGAACAUCGUGCGUUGCUCGAUUUUGUCCGCCAUUCUACGCAAGUAGCUAGCUCGGAUAAAAGCUCAUCUUUAGCAGGGAGCCAGAUUCAAGUGCGUUUAAGUAAUGCUGUUGUGAUUCUUCACGGAGAAAGGCAGUUUUAAUACAGAUCGGUUGCUGUGGUAAAGGAGGUACAGCUACCAUGGCAGCUGCAUUCCCAUACAGACCUGUACCUGGAGCGCUGCCUCCGGGAAUCCCCCCAGGCAUCCCUGCUGGGAUUCCCACCCCAAGCCAGAUGCCUGAUUACAUGUCUGAGGAGAAACUCCAAGAGAAAGCUCGCAAAUGGCAGCAGCUGCAGGCAAAGCGCUAUUCAGAGAAGCGGAAGUUUGGCUUUGUGGAUGCCCAGAAAGAAGACAUGCCUCCCGAACAUGUGCGCAAGAUCAUCAGGGACCAUGGAGACAUGACCAACAGGAAGUUCCGUCAUGACAAAAGGGUUUAUCUUGGAGCUCUUAAAUACAUGCCCCACGCAGUCCUGAAGCUGCUGGAGAACAUGCCGAUGCCUUGGGAGCAGAUCAGAGAUGUUCCGGUACUCUACCACAUCACCGGAGCAAUUUCCUUCGUCAACGAGAUCCCAUGGGUCAUUGAGCCGGUCUACAUCGCACAGUGGGGGUCCAUGUGGAUCAUGAUGCGUCGUGAGAAGAGAGAUAGGCGACACUUCAAGCGAAUGAGGUUCCCUCCAUUUGAUGAUGAGGAGCCUCCGCUGGACUAUGCCGACAACAUCCUGGAUGUGGAGCCUCUAGAGGCCAUCCAGAUGGAGCUGGACCCUGAGGAGGAUGCGUCCGUGGUGGACUGGAUGUACGAGCACCAGCCCCUCAAAGACAAUGCAAAGUUCGUGAACGGGACGACCUACCGGCGGUGGCAGUUUUCCCUGCCCAUGAUGUCCACCCUCUACCGCCUGGCGAACCAGCUGUUGACCGACCUGGUUGAUCGCAAUUAUUUCUACUUGUUUGACCUGAAAGCCUUCUUCACAUCCAAGGCUCUCAACAUGGCCAUCCCUGGAGGUCCCAAAUUUGAGCCUCUUGUCAGAGACAUAAACUUGCAGGAUGAAGACUGGAACGAAUUCAAUGACAUAAACAAGAUCAUCAUCCGACAGCCAAUAAGAACAGAGUACAAGAUCGCAUUCCCCUACCUGUACAACAACUUGCCGCACCAUGUUCAUCUCACAUGGUAUCACACUCCUAAUGUUGUCUUCAUCAAGACAGAAGAUCCUGAUUUGCCAGCCUUCUAUUUUGACCCCCUGAUUAACCCAAUCUCCCACAGACACUCAGUCAAAAGCCAGGAGCCGCUUCCAGAUGAUGAUGAGGAGUUUGAGCUCCCCGAGUAUGUGGAGCCCUUCCUUAAGGACACGCCCCUUUACACUGACAACACAGCCAAUGGCAUCGCUCUGCUCUGGGCACCCCGGCCCUUCAACCUGAGGUCGGGAAGAACCCGACGGGCAAUUGACAUCCCUCUCAUUAAAAACUGGUACCGUGAGCACUGUCCUGCUGGGCAGCCUGUGAAGGUGCGGGUUUCCUACCAGAAGCUGCUGAAAUACUACGUGCUCAAUGCCCUCAAGCAUAGACCACCAAAAGCUCAGAAGAAGAGAUACCUGUUCCGCUCCUUCAAGGCCACGAAGUUCUUCCAGUCAACAAAGCUGGACUGGGUGGAGGUGGGACUGCAGGUGUGCCGGCAGGGUUACAACAUGCUCAACCUGCUCAUCCACAGGAAGAACCUCAACUACCUCCAUUUGGACUACAACUUCAACCUGAAGCCUGUGAAGACCCUCACAACAAAGGAACGUAAGAAGUCCAGAUUUGGGAACGCGUUCCAUUUGUGUCGUGAGGUGCUCCGUCUCAGCAAGCUGGUGGUGGACAGCCAUGUGCAGUACAGGCUGGGGAACGUCGAUGCCUUCCAGCUGGCUGACGGUUUGCAGUACAUCUUUGCCCACGUGGGACAGUUGACUGGAAUGUACCGGUACAAAUACAAGCUGAUGCGGCAGAUCCGCAUGUGCAAGGACCUGAAGCAUCUCAUCUACUACCGCUUCAACACGGGGCCUGUGGGAAAAGGUCCGGGAUGUGGAUUCUGGGCUCCAGGCUGGAGAGUCUGGCUCUUCUUCAUGCGGGGUAUCACCCCGUUGCUUGAGAGGUGGCUGGGAAAUCUGCUGGCCAGACAGUUUGAAGGGCGGCACUCAAAGGGGGUUGCCAAGACCGUCACAAAGCAGCGUGUGGAGUCUCAUUUCGACCUGGAACUGCGUGCAGCCGUCAUGCAUGACAUCCUGGACAUGAUGCCUGAGGGCAUCAAGCAGAACAAGGCCCGGACAAUCCUGCAGCAUCUGAGUGAAUCCUGGAGAUGCUGGAAGGCCAACAUUCCAUGGAAGGUGCCAGGGCUUCCCACCCCCAUUGAAAACAUGAUCCUGCGCUAUGUCAAAGCGAAAGCUGAUUGGUGGACCAACACGGCUCAUUACAACCGGGAGCGAAUCAGGCGUGGCGCCACGGUUGACAAGACGGUGUGCAAGAAGAACCUGGGCCGGCUGACUCGACUCUACCUGAAGGCUGAGCAGGAGAGGCAGCACAACUACCUGAAGGAUGGUCCCUACAUCACAGCAGAGGAGGCCGUGGCUAUCUACACCACCACCGUGCACUGGCUGGAGAGCCGGCGCUUCUCACCAAUCCCCUUCCCUCCGCUCUCCUACAAGCAUGACACCAAGCUGCUCAUUCUGGCCCUGGAAAGGCUGAAGGAGGCCUACAGCGUGAAGUCCAGGCUGAACCAGUCCCAGAGAGAGGAAUUGGGUCUGAUUGAGCAGGCCUAUGACAACCCACACGAGGCGCUGUCCAGAAUCAAGCGUCACCUCCUCACCCAGAGAGCCUUCAAAGAGGUCGGCAUUGAGUUCAUGGACCUGUACAGUCAUCUGGUACCAGUAUAUGAUGUGGAGCCCCUGGAGAAGAUCACUGAUGCGUACCUGGAUCAGUACCUGUGGUACGAAGCCGACAAGCGCAGGCUCUUUCCCCCCUGGAUCAAGCCAGCAGAUACCGAGCCCCCCCCACUGCUGGUGUACAAGUGGUGUCAAGGAAUCAACAACCUUCAGGAUGUGUGGGAGACCGCUGAAGGAGAGUGCAACGUGAUGCUGGAGUCGCGCUACGAGAAGAUGUACGAGAAGAUCGACUUGACGCUGCUGAACAGGCUGCUGCGUCUCAUCGUGGAUCACAACAUCGCUGACUACAUGACGGCCAAGAACAACGUGGUCAUCAACUACAAGGACAUGAACCACACCAACUCGUACGGGAUCAUCCGGGGACUGCAGUUCGCCUCCUUCAUCGUGCAGUACUAUGGGCUGGUGAUGGACCUGCUGGUGCUGGGCCUCCACCGAGCCAGUGAAAUGGCUGGCCCACCUCAGAUGCCCAACGACUUCUUGAGCUUCCAAGAUAUUGCCACUGAGAGCGCCCAUCCCAUCCGCCUGUACUGCCGCUACAUCGACCGCAUCCAUAUUUUCUUCAGGUUUACUGCAGAUGAAGCAAGAGACUUGAUCCAGAGGUACCUCACUGAGCAUCCAGACCCCAACAAUGAAAACAUUGUGGGCUACAACAACAAGAAAUGCUGGCCCCGGGAUGCCAGGAUGAGGCUGAUGAAGCACGACGUCAACCUGGGCCGUGCCGUCUUUUGGGACAUCAAGAACCGGCUGCCCCGCUCUGUGACCACCGUGCAGUGGGAAAACAGCUUCGUGUCAGUGUACAGCAAAGACAACCCCAACCUGCUCUUCAACAUGUGUGGCUUCGAGUGCCGCAUUUUGCCCAAGUGCCGCACCAGCUACGAAGAAUUCACCCACAAGGACGGGGUGUGGAACCUGCAGAAUGAGGUCACCAAAGAGCGAACAGCUCAGUGCUUCCUGCGUGUGGAUGAUGAGUCCAUGCAGAGGUUCCACAACAGAGUUCGACAGAUCCUGAUGGCCUCUGGGUCCACCACCUUCACCAAGAUUGUGAACAAGUGGAACACUGCCCUGAUUGGUCUGAUGACCUACUUCCGUGAGGCUGUGGUCAACACACAGGAGCUCCUGGACCUGCUGGUCAAAUGUGAGAACAAGAUUCAGACGCGUAUCAAGAUCGGUCUGAACUCCAAGAUGCCGAGCCGCUUUCCUCCUGUGGUCUUCUACACGCCCAAAGAGCUGGGAGGACUUGGCAUGUUGUCCAUGGGCCAUGUGCUCAUCCCACAGUCGGAUCUGAGGUGGUCCAAGCAGACGGAUGUGGGCAUCACCCACUUCCGUUCAGGCAUGAGCCAUGAGGAGGACCAGCUGAUCCCUAAUCUCUAUCGCUACAUCCAGCCCUGGGAGAGCGAGUUCAUCGACUCGCAGAGGGUCUGGGCCGAGUAUGCGCUGAAGAGGCAGGAGGCCAUUGCCCAGAACAGGCGUCUGACUCUUGAAGACUUGGAGGAUUCGUGGGACAGAGGCAUCCCACGUAUCAACACUCUGUUCCAGAAAGACCGGCACACUCUCGCCUAUGACAAAGGCUGGAGGGUCCGGACUGACUUCAAGCAGUAUCAGGUUUUGAAACAAAAUCCCUUCUGGUGGACACACCAGAGGCAUGAUGGGAAGCUUUGGAACCUGAACAACUACCGGACGGACAUGAUCCAGGCCCUGGGAGGGGUGGAGGGCAUUCUGGAGCACACGCUCUUCAAGGGAACCUACUUCCCCACCUGGGAGGGUCUCUUCUGGGAAAAGGCCAGUGGUUUUGAGGAGUCUAUGAAAUGGAAGAAACUCACCAAUGCACAGAGAUCUGGUCUGAACCAGAUUCCCAACAGACGAUUCACGCUUUGGUGGUCGCCUACGAUCAACAGGGCCAAUGUGUAUGUGGGUUUCCAGGUGCAGCUGGAUCUUACCGGCAUUUUCAUGCAUGGCAAAAUCCCCACCCUCAAGAUCUCCCUGAUCCAGAUCUUCAGAGCUCACUUGUGGCAGAAGAUUCACGAGAGCAUAGUCAUGGAUCUCUGCCAGGUGUUUGACCAAGAGCUAGAUGCCCUGGAGAUUGAGACUGUGCAGAAGGAGACCAUCCAUCCCAGGAAGUCCUACAAGAUGAACUCCUCCUGUGCCGAUAUCCUGCUCUUUGCCUCGUACAAGUGGAAUGUUUCCCGCCCAUCUCUGCUUGCGGACUCGAAGGAUGUGAUGGACAGCACCACCACCCAGAAGUAUUGGAUUGACAUCCAGCUGCGAUGGGGGGACUAUGACUCUCAUGACAUCGAGAGAUACGCCAGGGCCAAGUUUCUAGACUACACCACCGACAACAUGAGCAUCUACCCAUCACCCACCGGGGUCCUGAUCGCCAUUGAUCUGGCCUACAACUUGCACAGCGCCUAUGGAAACUGGUUCCCUGGAGCAAAGCCGCUGAUUCAGCAAGCGAUGGCGAAGAUAAUGAAGGCCAACCCCGCCUUGUACGUGCUCAGAGAGAGGAUCCGGAAGGGUCUACAGCUCUACUCUUCUGAGCCCACUGAGCCGUACCUCUCCUCCCAGAACUAUGGAGAGCUUUUCUCCAACCAGAUCAUCUGGUUUGUGGAUGACACCAAUGUCUACAGAGUCACCAUCCACAAGACCUUUGAGGGCAACUUGACCACGAAGCCAAUCAAUGGUGCCAUUUUCAUCUUCAACCCGAGGACUGGGCAGUUGUUCCUGAAGAUCAUUCACACGUCUGUCUGGGCCGGACAGAAGCGUCUGGGACAGCUGGCUAAAUGGAAGACUGCCGAGGAAGUGGCAGCUCUCAUCCGCUCGCUGCCCGUAGAGGAGCAGCCCAAACAGAUCAUUGUCACCAGGAAGGGAAUGCUGGACCCUCUGGAGGUCCACUUGCUGGAUUUCCCCAACAUUGUCAUCAAGGGUUCUGAGCUGCAGUUGCCCUUCCAAGCUUGUCUGAAGGUGGAGAAAUUCGGAGACCUCAUCUUGAAAGCUACUGAGCCUCAGAUGGUCCUCUUCAAUCUCUACGAUGACUGGCUGAAGACCAUCUCCUCCUAUACUGCAUUCUCCCGGCUUAUCCUGAUCCUGAGGGCCCUCCACGUGAACAACGACCGGGCCAAAGUGAUCCUGAAGCCCGACAAGACCACCAUCACAGAGCCACACCAUAUCUGGCCCACUCUAACUGAUGAAGAAUGGAUCAAGGUAGAAGUGCAGCUCAAAGAUCUCAUCUUGGCUGACUACGGCAAGAAGAACAAUGUGAAUGUGGCAUCCCUGACUCAAUCAGAGAUCAGGGAUAUCAUUCUGGGAAUGGAGAUCUCAGCUCCAUCCCAGCAGCGGCAGCAGAUUGCUGAAAUCGAGAAGCAGACCAAAGAGCAGUCUCAACUGACAGCCACGCAGACCCGCACCGUCAACAAGCACGGCGACGAGAUCAUCACCUCCACCACCAGCAAUUACGAGACGCAGACCUUCUCCUCGAAGACCGAGUGGAGAGUGCGGGCCAUCUCGGCUGCAAACUUGCAUUUGCGGACAAACCACAUCUACGUGUCGUCCGAUGACAUCAAGGAGACCGGCUACACGUACAUUUUGCCCAAGAAUGUGUUGAAGAAGUUCAUCUGCAUCUCUGACCUUCGUGCUCAGAUUGCAGGGUAUCUGUAUGGCACAAGCCCUCCAGAUAACCCCCAGGUGAAAGAGAUCCGCUGCAUCGUCAUGGUGCCUCAGUGGGGGACACACCAGACUGUCCACCUGCCAAACCAGCUGCCCCAACAUGAGUACCUCAAGGAAAUGGAACCUCUUGGCUGGAUCCACACCCAACCCAACGAGUCCCCGCAGCUGUCCCCACAGGACGUCACCACGCAUGCCAAGGUCAUGGCCGACAAUCCCUCCUGGGAUGGAGAGAAGACCAUCAUUAUCACCUGCAGUUUCACUCCUGGUUCCUGCACCCUGACCGCCUACAAACUGACCCCCAGUGGAUACGAGUGGGGCAGGCAGAACACAGACAAGGGCAAUAACCCCAAGGGGUACCUGCCCUCACAUUAUGAGAGGGUGCAGAUGCUGCUGUCUGACCGCUUCCUUGGCUUCUUCAUGGUGCCUGCACAGGUGUCCUGGAACUACAACUUCAUGGGCGUUCGGCAUGAUCCUAAUAUGAAGUACGACCUGCAGCUCUCCAACCCCAAGGAGUUCUACCAUGAGGUCCACCGACCUUCACACUUCCUGAAUUUCGCCUCACUGCAGGAGGGCGAGAUCUACAACGCGGACCGUGAAGACAUGUACGCUUAAAACGGCUUCUGCUGUGGUGCGAGAUUGACUGGAGGAGCUGGAAACCUUGACAGACCAAUUCGAUGAUGCUCUUAAGUUUGCUGCGGGAAUUGAACCAUCAGAACUUUGUGUCACUGUCUGUAGUGCUCCUGACUUGUAGCUUGGUGGCCUGUGUCUCUCCCUUACAGGAACCCUGAGUUUUCUGGAAUACCUUUGUACUUUUCAGCAUAUUUUGUGUAUAUCAUUAUUGAGUCACUGUACUUUUCAUUGGUGCCAGUGCAACUUUGUGUUUUGGUUGGAGAUUUUAAAUAUAGUCCUCUAGUCAGGUGGAAGUCCCACAGUAAAAAUGCCAUUUUGUGUUUUACAGAACAAUUUGAUCCAGCGUUGGGUAUACACUAUGGUUUGAGUUUCAAUAAAGACAUUUUUUAAGUAUA